AUGGCGACCACCGGCGGCCCCGAUCUUCCACGCGACCGCAUCAGCAACCUCCCGGAAAGCAUCCUCGUCACCAUCCUCUCCAGCCUCCGGAUCGACGAAGCUGCGCGGUGUUCAAUCCUCUGCUCUCGCUGGCGCCACCUCUUCCCGUCCACCCUGCUCGACUUCGAAGCAUCCCCAAGCAGCCGCCGGAUCAACCUCGUCAAGGCCGUCACCUCCAUCCUCGCCGCCAACCCCGACGCGCCCAUACGCUCCUUCAGGACGGGCUCCCUCUGCUUCGGCCCCGGGGACAAGGCGGCCCUCGACGGCUGGCUCCAGGAUCUGUCGAACCGUGGGGUCGAAGAACUCUUCCUCUGCUUCAAGUACACCGAGGAGGAUAGCCGGCGGCGGAUCCCCAAGUCCCUCUUCGCCUGCUCCUCCCUGAAACGCCUGGACGCCUCUAACGGCGUCUUCCCUAGCACCACCGAGGCCGCCGCCGCGUCCCUCGCCCGCCUCAGAGAGAUCAACCUGUCCGAGGUCAAGAUCUCCGAGGACUCGCUCCAGUCCCUGAUCUCGCAGUGCCCGGUGCUGGAGCGCCUGACCGUCAACUUUAUGGGCAAGUUCGACCGCCUCCAUCUCCGGUCUCGGAGCCUCAAGGUCCUGAGCAGCACCGGCAACUUCGAGGAGCUCUUCAUCGACGACGCUCCCAACCUGGAGUACCUACUCGGCAGGUUCAUGCACCAAAGAAAGGUGCACAUCAAGGUCGUGCACGCGCCCAAGCUGGAGUUCUUAGCCCGCCUCGGCAUGUCCAACACGAUUGACAUCGGAGAAACUAGCUUCAAGGAAGAAUUAAUCCAUGUGAAGACCCUUAUGCCAAGUGUAAAGACACUAAGCGUCAAGCUGAACCACGAUGAGAAGGGGUACAUGGAGGAGGGGUACGUCGAAUGGCUUAUGCAACUGCUCAAGUUGUGCCCUUGCUUGGAGGCGCUCUACAUCAAAUCAAGCAGUUGGUCACGGGCUUGUGAUACCUCGUCUGGGUCAUGGGAGACGCAGAGAUCCGUCCCUUGCAUCGACAACCACCUACAGAAGGUGGUGAUCGAAGUUUACCGGGGGCAUGAGUGGCAGAGGGAUAUGGCCAAGUUCCUUCACGGGAGGAGCAGGUUCCUCAAGACCAUGGAGUUCCACUGCAUGGACGAUGGCACUGGCACCAAAGAAGGUUUCGGCAAGCCUCCGAGUGAAGAAUGGGUCAGGGAGCAGAAGGAGCUCCUUUGCCUCGACAGCCGGGCCGCGAGAGACACUCGUUUCCUCUUCUUCAAGCGUCAGCUGGUGGAUAACCAUCACGAAGUUUGCCACGACGAACGGUACCAGAGGGACUAUUAUCGUGACCUGUAUGAUGUUUAAUGAGUCUUUGGCAUGCGGCAUAGUGGGCGCGCUUAAGUUACAACUUUGUAGUUAACAUGCUUUAAUAAUAGAUAUCUUUCAGAAGGCGAAUUUGGUGUGGGUUUAUUAGAGAGGCUUUUGUUUCGAAAUUGAAAAUUCGAGGCUGCCUGGGUCUUUUCUAGAUGCCAAAGGGCAGGAAGCAUAUGCAUACUUGUUUCUCAGAAAAUUGUUUAUGAGACCAUUUUUAUACUCAGAUAUUGA